AUGGCAGCAAGGGAAGCGGUCGAGAAGCUCAAGAAUGUUCAACCAACAAAAAACCCCAAGAAGGCCAGUCAGACGUCGGCUUUAAGGAUAUUCAAGCAGCUAUCAAAUAAAAGGAAAAAUGACCUUUUUGUGCUAUUCGUGCCCUGCAAAGUCGAUGUGCGGACCGACCUAGACGACAUAGAGGAACUCGUCAAAGAGAAAGAAGGUUUGGAUGGAAGAACGAUGAUCGUAUCUACUACAAUACCUGCACAGGAAAUAAGCAAACUUUACGCUCAACCGUUGCCAAACGUGUUAGGAAAGGAAAACAGCGAAGCCCUAGCUCGCAAAAUCGUAGAUUUCGGUAAGAAUUAG